AGCCUCCAGUCCGAGGUCGUCGCUCCUUUAUUUAUCCAUCAUCGUCAUUCUUCCACUCCUUACCCCGGUUCGCGUUUCCAGCGUUUCUUCCAGCGAAUAUAUCCAACCAAGUGUCAAACUCUCCUCACUUCGUUCCUUUGCCUACUUUCCUUUGUUAUCGGGUAGCACUUCUCGCAUCAACAUCCGGCAUACAAUCGAUCCCAUCAGGGCAAGACGUGACUGCUUGUCAACUGUCACCAUGGAAUACGACUUCCCCAUUCACCAGACUCUGCCCUUUGGCAUGUACCAGAACCGACUGACAGGGUUCCUGACGGCGGAUGUGAUGGCUGCUGCGGGUUCGGCGGCCUUGGUUACUCCAGCGGUCAUGAUUCUGGACAGGCUGGUGGUGGAAAAGUCGUCGCACAACCAACCCAUGUUCCCUGCCUUCCGCCGACACCUUUGGGUCUCUAUCACGCAGCCUGCCACUUUCCUCACCUCUCGGCCCAGUCUCCUGGUCUGGUCCCUCUACACGGCCACUUUUGCAGCCGCCAAUGCCACCGAGACCGUGCUUGAACAGGUUUAUCCUCACGUCGACCAAGCCAUGGCCGGGACAGCCAAGUUCUUGAGCACCUUUGUGGUCAACUCAUCCGUGGGCAUCUGGAAAGAUGUCAAGUUCGCUCAGCUCUUUGGCCACAAGGCCACACCCGCAACUCCCCCUCAGACACCCACGGCCUCUCCCGCCCCCUCGCAAAGCAAGAUCCUCCGUGUCAGCCGCUCCAUCCCCUUUGCAACCUACUCGGCGUUCCUGAUCCGCGACGCUCUCACCAUCUUUGGCUCCUUCAGUCUCCCCGCCAUGGUCUCAGCCUCUAUCCCCGACUCCGUUGCCUCCAACGAGUACCUCAAGGUCCUCAUGGCCCAGCUGGCCAUCCCAGCCUCGAUCCAGCUGAUCAGCACCCCGAUCCACCUCCUCGGCCUGGACCUCUACAAUCGGCCCAUGAAGCUGUCGGCCUCGGACCGAUUUGGCCGAGUCAGCCGGGACUGGAUUGGGGCGUCCCUGACGCGUAUGUGUCGGAUCAUUCCCGCCUUCGGGAUCGGUGGGUUUGCCAACUCCGAAAGCCGGGCGUUUUUCCACGAGCAGUUGCGUCGUUGUGAGGAGUGAUUCCAUCCACCAAUCAUCACCCUCGGUAUGAAUU